AUGGAGACGUGGAAAAUAGCGCAGCCAAUUCUGGUAAUGGUGAUGAUGCAGAUAGCAAAUGCAUGGGUGAAUAUUCUCUACGAACUUGCUCUAAAGGAUGGUAUGAAUUGUAGUAUCAUUGUUGCUUACCGAUAUGUUUUCGCAACCGUUUUCAUUUCUCCGCUUGCUCUCAUCAUUGAAAGGAAUAAGAGAUCAAAUAUGACUUGGAUGAUACUCUUUCAUGCAUUUCUGGGUGGUUUGAUUGGCGGAACAGUUGCUCAAAACUUAAGCGUUGAAUCAAUUACUUUAACAUCUGCGACGUUUACAACCGCCAUGUCCAACCUCGGUCCGGGCAUUACCUUUAUCGUCUUACUCUGCUUUCGAUUGGAAAAAUUAAAUUUAAUAACAAGAGGGGGAAAGAUGAAGAUAAUUGGAACGAUAAUCGGAAUUAGUGGAGCAACGAUUAUGACUUUCAUUAAAGGCCCAGAAAUUAAGCUAACGACGUGGUUCCAUGUCCACCGAAACGACCACAACGUUCUGCAGAGAGACACUAUUUCUGGCUCUAAGAACAUAUUAGGUGCUCUUGCCUCACUCGGAACCCAAGUCUCUAAUGCACUCUGGCUAAUCAAUCAGACAAAACUUACUGAAAGGUACCCUUAUCCUUAUUCAAGCACAGCAUUGGUGACCCUAAUGGGAGCACUGUUAUCACUUUCGUUUGCAUUUUGCGUUGAAAGGGAUUUGAGUGAGUGGAGAUUGGGUUGGAAUGUAAGACUAUUCACCGUGGCUUAUUCGGGUACAGUGACUUCUGGAGUGAUGUAUGUUGCCUAUUCGUGGUGUCUACGCAGAAAAGGUCCUUUGUUUGUUUCCAUUUUUAGCCCUCUCAUGCUUGUGAUUGUGGCCUUUGCUGGAUCCACUAUUUUGGACGAGAAGCUAUACCUAGGAAGGCCGGCUCGGAAGGAGCUCUCUCCCGGAAGAGCCCCCUCCUCUCCCCUAAACCCUAAACCUCUCCCCUCCUCCAGAGCUCUCCAUCCCGGAAGAUCUCCCUUCGGGAGAGUCAGAACCCUCCCUCGGAUUCCAUCUCGGGAGGAGUCCUCUCCCGUCCUGGGAGGAGAGUCCCGAGACAGCUCUUCCGGGAGGAGAGUCCCGCCCUCUCUCGACCCCCCGAGAGAGCCAGAGCCCCCAGGAGAGCCAAAUCCCUCGCCCCUCUGA